AUGAAAGGACAUCUAAUCUUUGGUAUACUUCUCCUCGGAGCUCAUUUCGGAUUCUGUUCUCCGAAUAAACAUCCAAGAAUUAUCAAUGGCACCUUGGCUGUGCCCAAGCAAUUUCCCUAUCAAGUUUUCUACGAUGUCCUUGAUCUCACCAACCUGCAAAAGCCCAUUGAAUGGGAAUCAUCUUGUGGAGGAACUUUGAUAUCCAAGAGAAUAAUCCUGACGGCAGCUCAUUGUUUAAAUGAACCAGAUAUCUACGCCAUUAAAAUUUACUUUGGGGCUGUGGACAAAUCAAACAAAAGCGAAAUCGGUCAACACCGUUUGGUGGUCAAAAGACAGAAUUUUGUUAUUCAUCAGGAAUAUGACACAGUUUACCAUUACAAUGAUAUUGCCCUCAUAAGACUUCCCGUAGACGUGGCCUUCGAUGAGUACAUAAAACCAGCCAAGUUGCCCCAACCAGGUGAAGUUUACCCAAGUGAAGCAAUUGUCUCUGGUUGGGGACUCGUUGAAGUUAUAGUUAAUGGCAACUUUGUUGGAGGGGAUAAAUUGAAGUACUUCGAUAUUUCCAUUCUGCCACAUGAUGAAUGCAAGGAGUGGUUUAAGCAUGCCGUUCCGAUACUUUCCUCCUCACAGAUUUGUAUUGCUCCAAGUGAGAACAUGCCAUGCAAAGGAGACUCGGGAGGACCUCUAGCUGUCCGGCAUGAAGAUGACUUUGUAGUACUGGGCAUUACGUCUUUGGGCCACACACGUUACUGUACAAUCAAUCAUCCGUCUUUGUAUACAAGGGUCGUUUCGUUUUUGAAUUGGAUCCAUGAAAACGCCGGUGCUCACAAUCUGGAUGCCAAAGACUUGGACCUGGACUUGGAUUUGGACUUGGACUUGGACCUGGAGCUGGAGCUAGGCCAGAGAGACUGGUCGCCACUCACUCGACACAGAAUCAAAAUUGACAUGAGAGGACAACUAAUCUUUGGUUUACUUCUCCUCGGAGCUCAUUUCGGAUUUUCUUUUCUAAAUGAACAUGGAAGAAUUAUCAAUGGUAACUUGGCUGUGGCCAAGCAAUUUCCCUAUCAAGUUUAUUACGAUGUUCUUGAUCUCACCAAUCUGGAAGAGCCCAUUGAAUGGCAACCAUCUUGUGGAGGAACUUUGAUAUCCAAGAGAAUAAUCCUGACGGCAGCUCAUUGUUUCAGACACCCAAACAUCUACGCUAUUAAAAUAUACUUUGGGGCUGUGGACAAAUCAAACGCAAGCGAAAUCGGUCAACACCGACUGGCGGUCAAAAGAGAGAAUGUUGUUGUUCAUCAGGAAUAUGAUGAUAACGCUUAUAACGAUAUUGCACUUAUUAAACUUCCCAUAGACGUGGCCUUUGAUGAGUACAUAAAACCAGCCAAGUUGCCUCAACCUGGUAUAAGCUAUCCAAGUGAAGCAAUUGCCUCUGGUUGGGGAAUCAAUAAGGUUUCAGAUGAUAACAAACCAAGUAGAGACUCGAAAUUGAGGUAUUUCCAAUUUCAAAUUUUAUCACAUGCUGAAUGUAAGAAGUGGAAAGUGCAAGAUUUCCUUGUAUCCUCAAGAAUUUGCCUCGCACCAUCUCAGAACGCACCGUGCAAUGGAGAUUCAGGAGGGCCGCUUAUUGUUAGCCAUAAUGGGGACAGUGUCCUGCUUGGUGUAACCUCCUAUGGCUAUACUGGAAAGUGUACAGAUGAAUUUCCUGACGUAUAUACCAGGGUAGCUUCAUAUCUGGAUUGGAUUCAUGAAAAUGCAGGUGCUAACAAUUUGGAUGAGUAAAGAAAUGUUUAUCAAAAUAUCCUUUGAAUAAAAAUUUUAUAAUUCAAAUUUAUCCAAAUAAAUUAUGAUACUUUCCCAAUA